UAUAUAUCGAAAUUUCCCCAUCACUCAUCAAAAUCGCCGCGUUUGUUUAUUACACUGUAAUUUGUUUACAUCAGCAUGACCAAGAGCAAAAAACAACUGCGCGAGCAACACGCGGCCCGCGAAGCUGCUGAAGCGAACACAGCGAGGCUAGAAACAUGCAAUGAUGCGUACACGAGCGGUGCAUUCCAUUACCUGCGUUUCUUGGUCCAUCUGCUAGCAGCGGCACAAUUCUCGUAUGGCAUUUACUACUAUUUAUUCAAAUUGUAUUGGCCGAAGGGUCUGCACGAGGAAGAGGAGCUAAAGACGCGAUGGGGCGGCAAGUUCAAGUACCUAACAUUCCUCGAUGUCGUCCUACAGGCAAUAUAUCACACCGUGGCCCUUUUAAAUGAUCUCUUUGGCGACAACUCAGUCACCGGUGUGUCCAAAUCGUUGUUGAGACGAUUGCGAGAUUACUUCUUUGCCACGUUUGCAUUCCCUAUAGCGCACAAUGUGGCCACCUCAUUUUGGGUCAUCUAUUUGUGGGAUCGAGAGCUCAUCUUUCCUGCUGAACUCGAUGCCAUUUUUCCCAGUUGGCUGAAUCACGUGGUUCACACGAAUGUUGCCCUUUUGGCCAUCAUGGAUUUGUUCACCUGCUUCCGUCACUACCCAAGCCGUUUGGCUGGUGUCACUGGCAACGCCGCGUUCAUGAUUCUUUACGUUAUCUGGGUGCAUAUCGUUAAAUACUUCAGCGGAGUUUGGGUUUAUCCACUUUUAGAGGUUCUGUCAAUGCCCCUGCGUUUUGUAAUGUUUGGUGGCUUGGUAGGAUUAAGUUUGGUAUGCUAUUUCGUCGGCGAAUUCAUCAACAAUAUUGUGUGGGCACCGGAGUUUAAGCUUCUGCAACAGAAAAAGGUUAAACAGGGUUAAGAAAAAAACGAUUGACUCCUUUUACAAGAAAACAAAGUAGAGAUUUGCAUAUUGUCGUGUUUGUUGUUGUUCCCAAAGAUACUCAGUUAUUUGUAAAUCAGGAGAUUAACUUAAGCAGACAGUUUUAGUAAAAUUCAUAUUCUGUAAAAUAAAGUCUUUAAAUGUUGAUGUUUAUUUAAAUAUUGCGCCCAAUGCUAAUGCAUUUGUUAUCGAUUAGUCGAUUGUCGAUCAGCAGUGCAAUAGAAAAUUGUUUUGGCAGCUGCUGCAAAUACGGUGAAAACAAUUUGGAAAAUUUUCGCAUAAUUUUUUGUACAUUAAACGAAAAAAUAUUACGCGCUGCUAAGCAAGAAAAAGAUGAAUGGCAGAGUGUAAUAAUUAAUCGCAUUCAGUUUGCGGGAUGCAGAUUUUUCACCAAUUUCUUCCCAUUUUGUGGCAUAAACAUUGUCAACUCUGGCGACGGCAAGGCGAAUGAGAAGAAAAUUGGCUAAACAGCAAGCGCCGUGUUGAACACAAUGGAAUUGUGUUAACCGUUAAACGCACAU